CCGGGCUCGAAUAACCCGCGGUGCGCUCGCAAAAGUCUCCCAGACCGAGGGGCACGCUGCAAUAACAGGCGCCACAGCUGAGCGGGACCGAGCCGAGCCGAGCCGAGCCGAGCCGCGUUUCGAGGCGACGCGGAGACGGAAGAAAACGCCGAGCGCUGGAUCCAGUGACAGGAUGUUUUCCGAUAUCUUACAUUCGGACGACUCGGCCGAGGGCAGAGGGCGCGGGGCGUCGUACCUGUGACCGUGGACGCGGCGGAAGGAGAAGGAUGGACUCGCAUUGAUCAUAUCGGACGGGUUCACGGCAUCGAAGGCUGUCAGUGUGGCGUGUUGCUGGAGGCUGCCGGGUAUCUCUGCGCUGGGGGAAGUUCCUGAGAGUGGCCGGCGCUCGCGCAGAGACACUUGGAGGGACCGCGGACUGGGCGGACGUCGCGUCUCUUCUUGCGGAGGGUUUUGAAGGAGCGCGGGGCAACGCGGGUCGGCGCCGGCGUGAUGGCGGCGGCGCGGCGGCCUCGGGAGCGGGCCUGGCGCGCUGUUCUCCUGGUGAUCGGAGUGGCAUCGCUCAGCCUCGGCUCUGAUGCCAACCUGCUGGACUCGAUGCUGCUGAAGAGCGGGUGGAAGGGCGGAGCGGACCGGAGGGGGGAGGAAAGCAGCAGCCGGGCCACGGCCGCGGCCCGGAGGAUGCUGUGGUGCCACUGUCACCCCGACUGCCCCGAGGACUCCGCCAACAGCACCUGCAUGACCGAUGGGUGCUGCUUCACCAUGGUGAAGGAGGAGGGGGGUCUGGCUGCGUUCAGUGCAGGAUGUCUGGGACUGGCCGGAUCCGAGUUCCAGUGCAGGGACACGGGCAACGCUCGGUCGAGGCGAGCCAUCGAGUGCUGCAGGGACCAGGAUUACUGCAACCGGCGCCUGCACCCGACGCUUCCUCCGCUCACGCCGUCAGAUUUUGUGGACAGCAGCGUUCAGUACAAGGCUCUUUGCAUUUCGGUCGUGGUCUGCAGCAUCAUCCUGGGUCUCGUCCUUGUAUUCUGCUACUUCAGAUGUAAGCGCCAGGAGUCACGGGCGCCGUACAGUAACGACCUGGAGCAGGAUGAGACCUACUCUGCUCCCGGGGAGUUUCUGAAGGACCUGAUAGAGCAUUCGCGCAGCAUCGGGUCUGGCUCUGGGUCGGGGCUCCCUCGACUGGUGCAGCGCACCAUCGCUAAGCAGAUCCAGAUGGUGAAGCAGAUUGGAAAGGGCCGCUACGGAGAGGUGUGGAUGGGCAAAUGGAGGGGAGAGAGAGUGGCCGUCAAAGUCUUCUUCACCACAGAGGAGGAGAGCUGGUUCAGAGAGACUGAAAUCUACCAGACGUUCCUAAUGAGACAUGAAAAUAUACUGGGGUUCAUAGCGGCCGACAUCAAAGGGACCGGCUCGUGGACUCAGCUCUACCUGAUCACGGACUACCACGAGAACGGGUCCCUGUACGACUAUCUCAAGUCCAACACCCUGGACGUGAAGUCUCUGCUGAAACUGGCCCACUCCUCCAUAUCGGGCCUGUGCCACCUGCACACGGAGAUCUACGGCACGCAGGGCAAACCCGCCAUCGCGCACCGAGACCUGAAGAGCAAGAACAUUCUGGUGAAGAAGAACGGAUCCUGCUGCAUCGCCGACCUGGGCCUCGCCGUCAAGUUCAACAGUGACACCAAUAAGUUGGACAUCCCUCCCAACCUGCGGGUCGGAACCAAGCGCUACAUGCCCCCUGAAGUGUUGGACGAGACUCUGAACAGGAGCUACUUCCAGUCGUUCAUAAUGGCCGACAUGUACAGCUUUGGCCUCAUCGUGUGGGAGAUGGCUCGGCGGUGCAUGUCCGGAGGCGUUGUGGAGGAGUAUCAGCUGCCCUAUCACGACCUCGUGCCCACCGAUCCUUCCUACGAGGACAUGACGGAGGUUGUCUGCAUUAAGAAACAAAGGCCUUCGUUCGCUAAUCGCUGGAGCAGUGAUGAGUGUUUACGACAGAUGGGGAAGCUGAUGUCAGAGUGUUGGGCUCACAACCCGGAGUCCCGCCUCACAGCCCUCAGGGUAAAAAAGACCCUGGCCAAGAUGUUGGAGUCCCAAGACAUCAAACUGUGACACACAGAGCUGUCAUCACUGCCACUCGGAGAAAGGGAAUACAAAUAGACUGAACGAUAGGACGAAGAAGGGGCGAUGGAGACGAUGGGCAGCCAUAAAAACAGGAGGCGGGAGGUGGAUCCGGCCUCCCGUCGCCUCGGGCCGAGUGUUCCGGAUGUGCUUUCCGUGAAAGCAGAGUGGGGUGAGGUCCAGUAUUAACGCUAUCCUGGUUCUGCCGUUCUAAAGCCAUACAGCAGUGAUCCAGUUGUUCAUGUUUGGGUUCCUUCACUUACUGUAGGAUGGAAAACCCAAACUAAACUGUCUCAUCCAAGGCAUGUCUAAUUACUGCUCAUCAACCUUACUGUCAAAGAGUAUUAUUGUUAUUAAUAUUAUUACACAUGGCAUUCUAUUUUAAUAUUUAAUAUUAUAAAUAAGACCCUCUGGUAAAAUGUUGCUUCAGGUCUCCAGAGCUGAGACCCUCUUCUCAUUUCCAUUGUAAAUAACUCAGAUCUAUUGAUUAUUGCCUUGCUGGAUAUGAAAAUGUGUUUUGUAAUAUUUUAUCUGUACAGAAUAUUUCCCGUCCACUCGACCACUACGGCAUGUGCCUUAUUUAAUCUGUACAUACGUGAUUGAGAGUGUACCCACAUGAGUGGAUCAGGACGACAUUCCCUAAUAAAGCGGCCGCGUCUCCA